AUGUCAAUUCUUAAUGAAGCUAAUGAUUGCAAUAAAAUAUUAGUACGAUUAGUUUCAUACGCUAACACAAUAUGUAGUGAAUUAUUUAGAGUUAAAGAUUUAAUACCAGAAGACUUUAUUAAUCCAUCAAAUUAUUGUAAAGAUUUAAUAUUUGACUACAGUUAUAUUCCAAAGAGUGAAUCUAUUGAUAUGAAAAUAAAUUCAUCAAGAGAAUUAAGAAUUAUUGAUAUGAAAAUAAAAGAGAAGUAUGAACGAAUAAUUUGGAGGACAUUUCAAGUUUUUGAAUCCAUUUAUCAAUACACUAAACAAGUAGAAGAAUUUUAUGAUAAAAUUAUUGAAGGAGAAUAUCUUCAAUACAAUGCAGAAACAUUAUUAGUUGAUGUUGAAGGUAAACAGUUAGUAUGUGAGUCGUUAUCAUUUGUUGUACGAUUAUUAUUAUUAUUAGAUAUAUUAAUACCAGGUAUUGUACGUGAAAGAAUACUUAUUUUUGUAUUAAGACAUAAAAGAAGUAAUGAAUUUGGAGAUUUAGAUAAAAUUAUUCCAUUAGUAAAAAGAACUGAAUAUAUUGUUGGUUCAUCAAAAAAACCUUCUAAUUAUCCAGAUGAAUAUUUAAAAAGAAUUCAUGUUAAUGAUUAUAUUGUUCAAAUGGCCAUUGGUAGAAUGCUUUCAGAUGAUAUUUAUAAUACAACAAAAUCGUUUCCACUUCCAGAUCAUAGAAGUUCUGCAUUAAGUGCACAAGGAAGUUUAUUAACAAUGAUAUUAUUUUUGUCACCUCAAACAUUAAAUAAUAAUAUUUCAUUUAUGAAUGAAGUUGUUAAUAAAUUUUUUGGUGAUUGUUGGAUAGUACCAAUAUAUAUUGGUCACUGCAUUGACUUAACAUUCUUUUGGGAUUCUUAUAAAUCAGCUCGUCAAGCAUUACAACGAGUAGUUACUCCAUCUCAUAUUGAAAAUAUUUGGAAAAGACAUCAACAAGUAAUGGCUAAAUGCAAAAUUGAGUUACAAGGAUAUUUAGAAGAAGGAGGAAUGACAGAUGAAAAAGUAAUGUUAAAUAUGCAAAAAUUAAUUAAUUGUCAACGGAAUUGUAAUGUCGUAUUAAGAUGGGCAUUAUUACAUGGGACAUAUCCAAUUAAAAAAUUAAAAGAUAUUUUUGUUAAAUCUAAAUAUCAUGAAGAUAUUAUUGAUUUUUUACUUGAAACUGCUCAAUUUGAAUUUGAAUUAAAACGAAUUAUAAGUAAUAUUGUUAAAGAAAAACCAUUACAAUGGGAAUCUUUAAAAAAUGAAAGUUCUAAAAGAAUGAAAGAUUUAUCUAAUUAUUUUAAUGAUGAAAAUAAAUUAAGUGAACACUCUAAUUCAGGACUAAUGAAAUGGUGUUUAUUUAUGAGUGAACAAAUUGAUAAAUUAGAUGUAAAAGAAGUUUCAAGUGGAAAAUCAUUAAGUAAAUUAAUACAAGCUAUGGAAGAAGUUGAGACUAAUUAUUUAAAUGACUUAUCAUUAAUUGUAGUUGAAACAGUAAGAAAAACUAAAGACAUGUUAACGAAAAUGUUUAGAUUAUUAAAUGUUAAUGAUACAGUUAGGGGGUUAUUAGAUAAUAUUUCAGAUUGCUCUUAUGCUAAUGAAUUAUUAUCUACUCAAGUUUAUGUUGAAUAUUUACAACAAAUUAUAAAGAAAAAUCCAAGAAAUUCAUUAAAAUUAAGAAGUUUAAUUUUAAAAAUGUCAUCUAUCCUUCAUCUUGCUUUAUUAAGAAUGAUGCAAGCUAAGACUGAUGAACAAAUGGAAAAUGUAUCAAAAUAUUAUUCAGAAGUUUUAGUAAAUUAUGUACAAAGAGUAUUAGAAGUUAUUCCAGAACAAGUUUUCUUAUUAAUUAAUUCAAUUGCUAAGUUACAAGUUACAAGUAUUCCAGAAACUCCAGUGUUUGUUGAAAAGAAAGAUAUUAUUAAUUUUGCUUUAUUUGAUGAGAGAAAUUAUCUUGCUGAAUUAACUCAUUCAGUAUCUAUUUAUGCUGAAGGAAUUCUUGCAAUGGAAACAACAUUUGUUGGUAUUAUUCAAGUAGAUCCAGUUAAGUUACUUGAAGAUGGUAUUAGAAAAGCUCUUGGAAGAAGAUUAAAAAAUAUGUUUUCUAAGACACUACAAUUUAAAAUAAAUGGUAAUUUAGGUGAAACUCUUACACAACUAUCUGAAUUAUCAAAUCAAAUUGGUGGAUUUUCUACGUCUUUUAGAUACAUUCAAGAUUAUCUUCAUAUUGAUGGUCUUAAAGUGUGGCAAGAAGAAUUUACUAAUGUAAUUUCAACAUGUGUUAAUGAAGAGUGUAAUAGUUUUUUGGCAAAUGGAUUAGGUACAGUUGAUUCUCAAACAUUUAUUGGUAAAUUAACAAGUCAAAUAAUGAGUAUUGUUGAUUAUCGUAAAAAUGUAUUUUAUCUUUCUGCUGCAAAUGGAUGGUUCUAUAAAGAUGGAAAAGAAGUUAUUGGAUAUGUUUUUAUGAGAAAAUUAGUUAGUGCCCUAAGUGUAUUAGGAGUUACUGGAAUUAAUCAAUUAUGUGCAUUUAAAUGUGUUAAAGAAUUAAAUGAUAUUAUUACAACAGUAAAUUUAAUUGUUGAGAAAUAUUCUGUAUUUAAUCAAAUGAUUCAAAACUUUAACGAAAAUAAAUUAAAUGAACAAAAUAUUUUUAAAGUUAUUGAUAAUGGAUUGUCUAUUGUAACAAAAAAUGGUAGAUCGUUAAUUGAUACUUUACAUAAUCUUGGAACUUUACAAUUAUUAAGAGAACAAUUUAACUGUCAACUAUGUUCAGAAAAUAGAACAAAAGCAACUAGUCUUCAUUUUGCAUUAAAAAGUUUUGAUCAAGCAUUAGUACAUGAUUUCUUUGAAAAUCCAAAUAAAAAAGAACGAGAACCACUUUUAUAUAAUGAAAUUAAUAGAUUUCUUGAUGUUGCUGGAUUUGUUCCUGCAUUAUCUAAAGUGUAUAUAACAUGUGCAGAAGGUGGUGAUCAAAUUGCAUCAGUAUUGUCAUUGUUCAUAUUAUAUUGUAGUCAAUUCUUUAUAUUUGAUUCAAGGUAUCAAACACUUAUGCUUCGACCAAAAGCACCUGUUCCAUAUGACCCUCAUGUUCUUGGUGUUGGUAUUGUUACAGUAUUUAGACAAUUCCAUCCCUCAACAUUGUGGACUUCAUUUAGUUAUUUAUCUUUAUAUGUAAAAGGAGUAAUGAUUAAUUGCUUAACACUAUCAAAACAAAUUCCAUUUAUCAUCUUCCAGUUGUGUGAUUUUAUGACUUCUAUUAUUCAAAUAGGAGGGUAUGAUAAAAAAAUAUAUGACUCUCUUAUUCCUGUGUCUCUUCUUGCUUCAUUGAAUCAACCAAAUUAA